GGACGCCGUGUAGCAUCUAGCGCGUAGGUAUAUUAUUGUGUGGCUGCCUUUGAAGUGUUGCUGGCGGAAUCUACUUACUUCAAGAAAAAUGGCAGACAUUACUGAGGAAGAACUUGAAAAAGAAAUCGAGAAAAUAUUGAAAAAUGCAAACCUUGCUACAACAUCCACUAAGAAAGUCAUUCAGAAGCUUGAGAAAAGCUUUGGCACAGAUCUAUCUGAUAAGAAAAAGAUCAUUGAUCAACUGGUGAUGGACUAUGUGAACAACAAGGGUUCUGAAUCCGAGAAUGAUGAAGAUGAUGAUGAUGAAGAAGAGGAAGAAGAAAAGAAACCGGUGAAGAGAGCUGCACCGGCCUCUAAGGCUUCUUCAAAGAAGUCCCGUAAGGACACCAGUGAGGAGGAAGAUGAAGAAGAAGACGAGAAGGGAUCUGAUGAAAGUGAAUCUGAGGAAGAGAAGAAGAAGCCAGCUGCCAAGAAGGGUAAGAAGAAGAAGGGUUCAGAUGGAGAUUCCGACAGCGACUGGGGAAAGAAGAAGGAAAAAGCUCCUAAAGCUAAAAAGGCGGGUGGCAGAGGAAAAGGUGGUGGUUACACUCGGGCGUACAAACUGUCCCCAGCUUUAGCCGAACUCAUGGGCAAAGAUGAAAUGCCAAGACAUGAAGUUGUCAAACGCGUUUGGGCUAUUGUCAAAGAACGCAAACUCUACGAUCCUAACAACAAACAGUUUGCCAUUUGUGAUGAUGCUAUGUACAAGGUAUUUGGUACUAAACGUUUCCGUAUCUUUGGUAUGAUGAAGCAUCUUAAAACACAUUUCUGCGAUUAAAUGGUAAGAUGUUCAAUAAUUAAAAUAAUUGACCUCUAUCUGACUUGAAAUUUGAAUUUAAAUCUUAGGCGAUGAGAGCCAGAGAGGCUUAAUUUCUUUAAUAAUAAUUAAGUUAUACACACUUAGGUCAAAGUGCUACCAAAGUUAUUAAAUUUCUAGGCUAAGAUGGUAAUUUUAAUGCUGUCUAGGAAAAAAAAUGUUGAACUAAACUUCUAAGCCUGUAUGGUGAUGUUUUACCAUUUCGAGCAAGUCUCUUAAUUAAAAUCGCUUACAAUACAUUUCCACUGAGGGGCUCGGAGCAUACCCUAAGUUAAUGCCUAAGUCAUAGCGAAUGCUGGACAAGUACGGGUUGACUUCACACAUAUCUUUCAAACUUCUCAGAUAUGUGCAACAUCAUGUUCCCUUAUCGGAAAAACAUAUAGGUUUAUUUCGGGAUGCAUACCCAGGACCCGCAGACAAGUGAAGUGCUUGAACCUGAGCCACAGAUGCUCUUAACUUAAAACCAGUGUUGAUAAAAUAACAGGUCACUCUGUCUCUCAUUGCCUCAAUUAUUAUUUUGAUGUUUUGUUUAUUGUUCGUUAGAAUUUUUUUAAGCAAGUAUUUGGUACUUGCUCAUCACAUAUCUAACAAUAGAUACAUUUUUAUUUUAUAAUUUAAGUUAAGGAUUAAUUUGAAACUAAUCUCAGUAAAUAUUAAAACUAAAAAUUGUGUCGUGGUAAAUGUAAAUCAGUCAAGUAAAAUAAAGCAUUUUUUAACACAUUCAAUGCCACUGAAUCGACAGGCGAGUUAAAAUACAUGGGAUUAAAGACAUAAAUGCCAGAAGUUUCUUAAAAAAAAGGAAUCAUCAAAAUCAAUUCACCAGGAGUGAAGUUUUAAAAUAAAAAAGUACAGACAAAUUCUUAGUGGCAUAUAGUGUGUUAAACUGCUGUCUUUAACUUUUAGUUUUAAUAAAAUUUGCUGAGAUAACUUUAAUGGAUGGGUUUUUUUCCCGUUGGGCCGAUCGAAGCAAUGAGUCCAUCGGUCCAACGGGAAACAUUAAAAUGGAGAGUUUCAAUUUAAUCGCUACAAAUAACCUUAAUAAGGGUAAUGACAAAUUAUUGCAUUUAAAAGUUAAAAUAUAGUUCGGUAGUUUGACCUUUUAGAUCUCCUUUCUUCUAAUACUAUCAAGUCUAUAUUUUCAGACAUUUAUCAAUAAUUACAUAAUUUUAGAAUUUAAGCAAAAACAAACUUUAAAAAUACAUAGAAUAAUCCUUGCAUUUAAAUAAUAUGAAAUGGCAACUAUUCAUUUAAUGUGACAAAGUUUGCAACAUAUAAAAUUUCAUUAAAAAUAAAUUCACCUUAAUAUCUUGUUUGCACUAUUCCAAUACAGUAAGACAGUUGCACCGACCUCGUCAGUUUUGUCUUACUGCCGUCAGAGUAUACGUUAUGCCAGUUGAAUGCUAUCAUUUUGAGUGUUACGUUCUUACUAUACUGGCAUUAUUGCUGCGUUAUACUUUAUCUAAUAAAGUUUAUGUUUAAAAAGUUGAAAUAAAAAAAAAGAUCCAAAAACACCUUAAAAUGGCGGG